AUUGCCGAGACGAAGAUGUCGUGACGUUUUAAAACUAAAUAACUGACUUAACACGCAUGUUUAUGACUUUUGUUUCACGUACGAAGUGCAGAUGUGUUCUUAAGUUUAUAUUUUCCCUUCCUAACUGCGUUUUCCUGCCGAAUCGUGGACGCCAGCGGGCCCUAAAAUCUUCGUGAUGUCUGAAGUCGACAUUUCCGAGGAGAUGCCGAACGGUGACGAUUCAGCGUUUACGGACGAUCAACACCACGUUUCGGGUUGCCGACCAACACAUGAGCUUCAGGUCACAGCGGCAAAUGCCAUCCCUGCAACGCAUGGAAUUGCUACCGAAGGUGUUCCGGUGUAUGUGGCAACCCCACAAGGACUCUUGACCGCUGAGCAAUUUAGCCAGUCUCAUCAAGCGGAUCCGAGCAUAAAAACUACCCACAUUGUCAUUCAUGAUCAAACUUUAGAUUCACCUUUGAAAACCCCUACCACCCCUAUUCCACCUCCCACCCCAGCCACACCUUUGAGUAAGGCGAAAGGAUUUAGAUACCAGUGGGACGAUUCAGUUCAUGCUGACAUUUUGCCUGUCAGGUGUAAAAACACCAAUGGUGAACUUCACAAACAUAAAUUUGGUUCAGGUGGUCGUGGACGUUGCAUUCAGGCUACAGACGGUAACUGGCAUACGCCUAAUGAGUUUGAAAGCUUAAGUGGCAGAGCGAGCAGUAAGGACUGGAAACGGAGCAUCAGGUACGGCGGGCGUACUCUGCAGUGUUUGAUAGAAGACAACAUCCUCCACCCGCAUGCCACCUCCUGCACGUGUGCAGCUUGCUGUGAUGACGAGUCAGUGACGGGACCAAUCCGAUUGUUUGUACCUUACAAGAGACGAAAAGAGAAAGUGAAAGUGGCCCGCUAUCACCAUUUUCCAAAGUUGCAAGACGCCCUAAUUCUAAAUCUCCAACUGGCAUCCCCUAAUGAAAUGUCGAAAGAUGGUAGUGGAAUGCUUGUUUCUAUGGCAGUCACACCAAGGACAAAUGUGAUGAAUAUGGCGAGGCCUAUUGCCGUGGCGGCAGGUGACAAUGGAGAAACGGUUCACAUUGUCACGACAGACAGUGCUGGUAACCUCGUCACAGGAGAUGCUGUUGUCAUGACUCCAGUGGCAACGACCAAUCAGAAACAAGGAACUCAGAAUGUACUGACUAUGGAUGUGAACGAACAGAAGCAAUGGUGGCAACUAGAAGAGAUGGCAAAUAACCUACUACAACAGGCUCAACAACUGAAGAUUAUGAUAGAACAUACAAAGAUACAGUCACUGGCAAACAAAGAAGCUGCUCUACAAAACUUGAGAAUGCAAAUGGAGAAAGAGAAACAAGAUGCCUUAGGUGCUGCAAGGAUAGAAAACCAGAUGACCUUGUCAAGGGCAUUAAUGGAGGAAAGGGCCCAGAAAAGCAUCGCUGUUCAGCAAGCUUUACAACAGGCUCGACAAGAAUUUCAGGAGAAAAUGGACUCUGUAGCAGUGGUGUCUGAUGACAAGUGUACCUCAUAUAGUGUGAAUUGGGGACACCAGGAUGUCCAGAAUAACAUCUCUGGAAUCAUGGACGGCGAGGAAGAGCUGGAAAAAGACAAAGAGUGACCAAGACAGAUUGACGGUCAACCAAAUCAAAGAGUCACAAGCCUUUCAAUUACAUUUGUACAGGAUUGGUUGUGCCCACUUUCACAAAGCUUGAUCAGUGAAUUUUUCGUCACUGUUUGGCGCUUAAACUCUGACAUGUUUUAUGAAAAAAAAAGUUGUGGAAAAUAUGAUUUGCAAAGUUUUGUGAAAGUGAACCAUGGUCUUGGCAUGUAUCAGUACUCCAAACCUGAAAAUUAUUUGAAGUUGAUGCAGGACAGGGGCCACUUUCACAAAACUUCGUCAUUCGGUUUGUCGUAACUUUUCUUGUUAACGUCGUGGCCUUACGGCACUAUAACCCAGGCAACGUUUUUUUUAAGAAAAAAAAUUACUAUAAACAUGACAUAAGAGGUUUUGUGAAAGUGGGCCCAGAAUGGCAAAUCUUCCAACUAGUCACUUCAUAAAAAAAAAUGCAUGUUGUUUGACAUAACCAGAAAGUAGCCAAUUGUCAAAAUGGUAUUUGGUGCAAGACAUUGUUCUUGUCCUGCUGCUUACUUCCAGACUUGUACGCACGGCAGACUCAAGUCACAAACUUCAGUCACAUGUUGACUGAAAAAUUGUUGAGUACGACGUUAAGCCCCAACACUC